UAGUAGCUUCCUGCGUGUGACCUAAAACGUCCUCCAGACCAGACUUGAGACAAGCGAAGCCGUGUGUGUCAGCGCUGCGCAGCAAAAGCCGGUACUAAAAAUGGUUUUUGAGGAGAAAAUGAUCACAAACGGAGAGCCUGACGAGGAGGAAGAAGAAGAAGAAGAGGAGGAGGAAGAGGAGGAGGAGGAAGAUAUGGUGGACCCCUUAGAGACGGUGCGGGCGAAGUGCGAGCAGACGGAACACUGCGUGCACGCCCGGGAGAGGCUGGAGGCCUGCGAGAGCCGGGUGGGCUCGCGGUCGCACACCGAGGAGGACUGCACGGAGGAGCUCUUCGACUUCCUACACGCCCGGGACCACUGUGUGGCGCACAAGGUUUUCAAUUCAAUGAAAUGAGGUUCGCCCAACAAGCCCAAUCAAUUCCAGUGGUGUCCUCCGGCUGUGGAAUCUGUAUUUAAAUGCAAGAAACUUACUGUAUCAGUGGAUCCCCAUAUGGAUUUGUAUCCCCUCGGUGUCGUUUCAGGAAUGUCUUGAAACC